GAAAAGGCGGGAAGGACUGCUCGGCUAAACCGACGUGAUGACGUCAGACCGUGCGUAUUCUGCUGUGAUCCGGGAGAUGCUGUCAGAGGAGACCACGCCUCCCGCACAGGAGACCCCGCCUCCCCGCAUCCUGCUGGUGGAGGCGUUUUAUGGCGGCUCGCACAAACAGCUUAUGGACCUGUUGAAGGAAAACAUCGCGGGCUGCUCCGUCUUCACGCUACCUGCCAAAAAAUGGCACUGGAGGGCAAGAACAGCGGCGCUCUACUUCAGCCAGAACAUCCCCGCCUGCCCGUCAUACAGGCUCCUCUUCAGCAGCUCCGUCCUCAGCCUGUGUGAGCUGGCGGCUCUCAGACCGGAUCUGGCCCGGCUCAAGAAGGUUCUGUACUUCCACGAGAACCAGCUACUUUAUCCGGUCCGCCGACACCAGGACAGGGACUUCCAGUACGGCUACAACCAGGUGCUCUCAUGCCUGGUGGCAGAUGUCGUGGUCUUCAACUCCCGCUUCAACAUGGACUCCUUCCUGUCAUCCAUCCCCUCCUUCAUGAACAAGAUCCCAGACCAUCGCCCCAAAGACUUGGACUGCCUCAUCAGGCCCAAGUGUGUGGUCCUGAACUUCCCGCUCCAGUUUCCUGAUGUCAGCAGGUUCUUGCCUAAACACAAACUCCUGCAGCGGCCUACUGAGCAGUCUCGUGUUGAUGAUAUCAUGUUGCAGGGCGAGCAGCAGCAGAGCAGAGCUCACGAUGAAGAUACGCCACGGUGUGAGCAGCCUGCGGAGGGGGGCGUGGCCAGCCAGGUGAAGCCUUUGCACAUCGUGUGGCCUCACAGGUGGGAGCAUGAUAAAAACCCUGAGCUGUUCUUCAGCACUCUGCUCAGACUGAAGGAGCGAGGACUCGACUUCCACCUGUCCGUGCUCGGAGAGACCUUCACCGACGUGCCCGGCCUCAGAGUCUUCACUCAGGUGUCACAUCAAGGACUCUUUGAAAGCGUCCAGAGUCCAGCAGAGUCCUGCAGGUUGGAGGCGGUGCACUGCGGCUGCUUCCCUCUGUGUCCGAAGGCGCUCGUUUACCCCGAGAUAUUUCCAGCACAGUACCUGUACUCCACACCUGAGCAGCUCUGUAAGCGGCUGCAGGGACUCUGCAGGAAGCCCGACGUUGCCCGUAGACAUAUCGUCAAGGUGGACACCUUGGCCUACUCCUGGGCCGCCCUGAAGCCGCGUUUCCAGGAUUUGUUGUCAGCCCCGUGUCCCUGAACACACCGCUGCCGCCAUCGCGUCUGACCUGCGGCGCCACUGAGCUCAGCAUGAGAGCCAACUCUGAGCCCACGAGUCUGGACUCGUUCUGGUCUCCUCAGACUGGGUUCUUGGAGGAGUUCUGGGCUGGACCCACAAAGAGGCCAAUUCUUCCUCCACAGGACUGAUCAGACUGGACCAGGUCCUGGUCUUGAUCCUGGUUUAACUCUGGGUCCUAGUCCUGAUCCUGGACCUGGUCCAGGAUUCUGAAGUUUGUUUGUGGUUCUGCUGAAGAUGCUGUAAAACUUUUCUGAUAUGUUUGAAAUGGACUCGUUUGUUAUUGAUAAACAUGACAUAAAAUCAGAAUUAACACGA